AUGGAUUCAACCCAUGCUGUGCUACCUAAAGAGAAGGUCGACACAAUGCUGGCUGCCACGCAAGAAAAGACUUCACGAGUGUGGCGCAGCGCAACUUUUUUGUGGGUUGCAGCAUUCCUACUUAAACCUGGCGGCACGCUCGUGUACUCGACAUGCACGAUCAAUCCGAAAGAGAACGAGCAGAUGGUGCAUCACGCGCUCGAAAAUUAUCCGCUGAAACUUGUUUCUCAAGGCAAAGCUCACCUCGGCGACCGCGGGCUGCCAGGUCAGGGCCUCAACGAGCACGAAGCGUCCCUCGUACAACGCUUUGACCCAUCGAACAUUGAGCUAGAUACCAUGGGCUUCUUUUGCGCCAAGUUCCUCAAGACAGGACCUAUCCGACAGGAGUAG